UAGUAGCGCUGCAAUCUGAUAAUCUGAUGACUAUGAGGAUUGCACCACAAGUUGUAAUCUCUAUUGUAUAUUUAAGAACAUUUCAAGUUUCUGUUAAAACUAUUUCACAACUGCAGGUGUUAAGGGGUUUGGUUGAAAAGAACACAACAAGCAGAAAUGACAGAAGAAAGUUUCGCCUCCUCCGGGGCAGGGGCUGCAUCCUGCUACCCCGUCCAAUGUUCAACCCUGAGGAAGGGUGGUCAUGUGAUGAUUAAAGGUCACCCAUGUAAAAUUGUGAACCUCUCCAGUGCUUCACCUGGGAAACACGGUCAUGCAAAGAUUCAACUUGUUGGCCUGGACAUUUUCACUGGGUCACGCUAUGAGGAUAGCUGCCCAUCAAAGCACACAAUGUCUGUCCCAGAGGUCAACAAAAAUGAAAUACAUGUGUUGUCUGUGGCCCAUGAUGGUUACAUAUCGCUGUUGUUGGAGAAUGGGGAGAUCAGGCGUGACCUGAAGGUUCCUGACAAUGGACUAGGGAAGGAGAUUCAUGAUCGCAUCAAACAGGAAGAGGAUAUCGCUGUGUGCAUCCUCUCUGCUUGCGAACAAGAGGCAAUCAUUGGAGUGAAGAAGCUCCACUUUGACCCAUGAACUAUCACCUAUACCUAGUCCAUGAUGCAGGACU